AUGGCUACAGUUGGAAAUGUUGACCCACUAAAAUAUACACGUGUAUCGGAUAUUGUCAAUGAACCACUGGAGAUGCUCAUGCCAAUUGAAGGGUACGAAGAAAUGCCAAUAGUACCAUUAAACGAAGCUGUUGCACCACUUCUUUCGAUUUUACCUAAAAUUCAAGAUUAUGCUGAUAUUGUGAAAAAACGAUGUAAACUCAUACCUCCAGAUGGUUUAACACGGGAUGAAUCAGCUGCAAUCAUGCUUUACUCAAUGGAAUGGGAACCACAUGAAGAAUGUUUAUCUUUUGCUCUCAAUGCAGCUCUUCGCACUGAAGACAGGAAAGAAUUAAAGCCAUGGUUUUCGUAUUUAAAACUUAUUCUUACAGCACUUGAAAAAUUACCAUCCACACCGUCCAAUGUGUUUCGUGGAAUGAACUUAGAUCUAUCUAAUCGAUACAGUGUAAGAAAAACAUUUGUCUGGUGGGGAUUUUCUUCAUGUACAACAUCGAUAGAGGUACUCGAAGAAGAACAAAUUUUAGGCAAAAUUGGUCAAAGAACAGUAUUUACUAUCGAAUGUGACAGUGGCAAAGAUAUCAGUCGUCAUUCGUAUUAUAAAUCGAAAAAAAAAGUUCUUCUUCUGCCUGCUCGACAAUUUAUGGUAGUAGGUUGUUUUGAACAAGCACAAGGUCUUCAUAUAAUUCAAUUAAAAGAAACAAAACCUCCAUUUACUCUUUUACAACCGGUUACAAAUCAAUCUGCACAAAUUCAAUCAACACCGGACGGAGCUGGAGCAGUACAUGUUAAAACUGUAUCAAUCAGAUUUUUAGAUCUUGCUAUUCCUGGUCAACCAUCCCCUGACGAAUCUUCAGGGGAGUCCCCAAGAAAAUUCUAA